GUAUCCCGACGCUGAAACUCUGACCAAACAGGCGAUCUGAAAGAAUCCAGGUGCAUCAAACUGAAGUGACGAGGCUGUUCUGAAGCUGUGAGGAGGAGAAAGUUCAGGUGUAGAGAGGAGAAGUCACACAGAGACUCAGAGGACACGAACAUGAGACGUCUCUGGAUUUGACGUUAAACUCUUUUUAUGGCUCAUGACAAGAGAAGCUACUCAUCCAGAAAAUGAGCCGGGAGGAGCUGGAGAGUUAAAAACUGCUAAUAGAAGAGGCUGGAGCUGAGGGAGAUCUGAUCCCAGCAGUGGGAGGAGUAAGAAAGUGAAAACAGGAGUGCCAGCGAGAGGAAAGUGUCAGACAGGAGAGGAGCUCUGUGGUGAACGUCCCUCCACACAGCAGAUACUCCGACACCAUGUGGAGACGGAGGACGUGAUCGGCUGCUCGUGGAGGGAAACUUUCUGCUCGGUCUCCUUCUCGUCCCUCCAGAUUUACUGUCCUCCAUCUGCUCCGGGACCUUUUUCUUUUCUGUCUUGGAGGUUCAAGUUUAAAGGAAAACCGAAGAGGUGAAGUGAGGAGAGGACAGAGAGAUCAGCUGCUGACGAUCAGAUGGAGUUUGCUUCUGGAUGCUUUUCAGACUUCAGCUGUUUUUCUACUUCGGGCUCAUGUUUUUUGUCUUCUGUCCGCCUGGAGGAUUAACUGCAGCCACAUUCAAGUUGUCGUCGUCGGUACCAAACAUAAUCUCGAGAUAAAGACUUUCACUCCUCCACUCUCUCUGCUCUCUCUCUCACCCAGCUGCUUCACAAGGACUCUGGCGCCUUGCUCGAGGGCUCCUCAACAGCCACCGGAGGCUGAGGAAGCACCACGCCGUCCAGAUUUUCUCAGCAGGUCUGGGAUUCAAACUGACCUCUGGCAGGAUUAUAGAAACAUCUGGAGCUUCUAACAUGGACUCGUUGACAAACUCUCCCAGCUGUGACUGAUCUGGACUUUAAAGCCUCGUUGUCUCGUAUGAAGAUGUAUCAGCCGGAGACCGCAGAGCAUAAUGUGACACAGAUGAUGGUUCUGCUGCCCGUGCCAUGCUGACAGGGAGUCUAGCUCUGGCGAGUGUGCAUCUGUGUUUGGCCUGUCUGCUCGUCCUGCCGUCGCAAUCGAAGCUCUGCAGCAAGGACGUCUUCUCGACCGUCCAUAUCCUCCUCCAGAGCGACCCGAACUCGACUUGCUCCGGCUGCAGACUGUACACGCCCUCCAUCGAGGACUACAAGCAGAGAUGCCCCCGCUCCACCAUGAUGUGUUUUGCCAAUGAGAGUAAAGUCCUGAUCGAGGAGUGGGACGACUAUCGCGGCCCCAGGUUGGACAGGAAGCUUGGAAAGCUUGCACAGUGGUUAAAACAGCCGGAGUCAGAGUGUCGUCAGUGUGAAUUCCAAAAGGAGGAAACAGCAGGAAAGUUCCUCGCAGAUCUUCUGAAGACUCUUCAGAUGAUGAACUCUCAGCACUGCACGAGACCUUUCAGAUCACCUGAGCGCAAAUAAAACAUCAUGCGUGACGUCUCAGUA